AAGCUGCGGGCAAUCAAAAGACUGAAAACAGUCAAAAUGUCCACCAACGGACUGACGGUCUCGAAGGUACUCGAGCAGAUCCAACUUGUGCAGGGUAUGAUUGACAUAAACGCCUCCAGCUUAAACAGUCUUCGAACACAGUUUUCCACCAACAGCGACUUGAUCCAGCAGGAAAUUCGCACGUUAGAGGUAAACUUAUUAACUUUUACGAUUAUGUUCAGGGUGUUUGGAGAUCUUUUGGAGGAGGUUCAUUUUACGGCAGUCGAUCGCCAGAGUGAGGAUAACAAAAUUGGCGUGCGUCGAACGUUUUAAGCUCAAGAUCUAUAUUAUAUUGAUGCCAGACAUUCCGCCUACGUAAAACCGAAAACUAGUUUCUCAAGAAUUAAUUUAUACUUUAAAUUUCAAGUGUAUUCUAUUAUGUAAGACUGUAAAAGUGUUUAUCGUUCUCGACGUACCGGUGUUCAGAUCUUCGACAUGUUUGCUGUUUGAUUCUGUUUCCUACGUGACUUUAAGAGUAGCUGUUUUUAUUGAUGUUUACGUUAUAGCGAAUCUUGACACGAAAUCUUGGGCACUCAUUCGCGGUUGCCUGAGCAAACGUUUGACAAUCGCCUACGCAGCAUAUUAAACACAGAAAUGACCCUUUUCUUGUCGCGCUGGAUUAUAAGUGAUCCGUGCAUCAGUAUUAAAUACUCGUUCGCGCCUCGAUCAUGUCUUCGGAGACACAAGUUCCAUUAACUACUUUAAAGAUUUGAAGAUAUUGGCUGCAAGAUUAAAUUAAGUUUUUCUUGCGGCAACCGUUUCUGUAAAAACAACUAUUCUGCCACCGGAAAAAUUUUUUUUCGUAACUAUGUCUGUAGAGAACUGGCGUCAAAUUGGAUCAUGAAAAUUCUUAAUCUUAGAUUGUACAUAUUAUAAUAAUUCCCGUGGAAAUCAAUUGAAUGAGCGAAGAAUUUAAAUUUAACACCUGUAUCAGCGAUAAAAGACUUUAAUGCUAUUUUCACUAUAUGUUACCACCGUUACAUUUUUAAAUUUUAUUCAUUUUUUUUUUAAGGGAAAGCUUGUUAAACUGUUUUCGAGGCAGUUAGUUGCAAAGCAGAAGUGCAAUGAAGAUUGGAAUGACUGUGAAAAACUCCGUUAUUAUCCUAAACUAGAACAAUGGCUGCAGGUGGUAGGAAUCAACGAAGAAGCAAUUAAGGUAUAUUUGUUUUGUCUUGUCAUUCCCUCACAUGUAAAAUCAAAAGCCUCACUGUCAUUGUGUGCACAAUGUUUUUAUCACCCCACCCCUACUUGAACUUUUUUUUGCCAUCUGAUUCUGUGAAAGAUAAUAUUGAAAUUGUAAGGAAUUGCUUUAAAUUUUGUGUUUGUGGCCAAAAAUAUUUUUAAGAAUGUAACAUGGAAGUUGGUAUUAUCAUAACAUACAUUUGCAAAAGGAAAGGUAUCUUAUUUUAGAACAAGGCCAAGAGUUUUAAAUAUUUAUCUAUGUUGGCUGGAUUGUGUGUUUACAUUUUGUAAGCACCAGUGUCCUGUGCUAUUUUGUAGGUGUGUUGGGAAAAAAUAGCAUCUUGAGAAGAUGUACCUCUUUGCCCAAUGAUUAUAUGGGAGUGUUGAUCAAAGAAUCUGAUUUUAAGGACUUUUUCCAUGUUUACACAGCUUCAUAUUAACAUAAAAGAUGGGAGAAUUCAAGAUGUGUUUAGAUAAGGCAAUGUGAAAAUGGGAAAAGAGUCCUCUUUGGAUUUUAUCAAACUAUUUCUCAAAACUUUCGCCUUGUAUUAACUAAUUUCUUACAGUAACUAAAAUGAAAGAAAAUGGAAAUUUACAAAUUUAGCAUGAAAACAUCAUUUGAAAGAAAUAUACAUAUAUAUAUAUAUAAAUAUUAUGAGAGGAAAAAAGGACGUAACUACAUUUCCCGACAAGCCUGUUUCGUGAAUUGCUUCACUCUUCAGGGGUUUAAUGGACUUAUAAACAGGCUUGUCGGGAAAUGUAGUUACAUCCUUUUUUCCUCUCAUAAUAUUUAUUCUGCUCUGCUUCAACGUAUUGAGCACUGUUCCACGCGAAAAUCAACUUGCAGACUUCCUAUAUAUAUAUAUAUAUUUUUGUCACUUACUUAUAUUCACCUUAUUUGUAUUCACAUGUUACCUAUAGUUCUUUAUUUGCCUUUAACUCCUUUAACCCUUCUCAGUUUACAAUUUAGACCUUUGUUGUAUUACGUAACCUCAAUCUUAAAAUUUAUAUUUUGUAUAUAAGUUGCAAUCAUUGUAAAUAGUGUUUUAGUUUUUAAUUACUGAAAAAGGCCGAAUGGCUGAAACGUCAUGCAUUAAACUUGUCCAGAACAGUCAAGAGUUGGCCUCUUCCUUAGGUUCUUAUAGUAUACUUAAAUUGCAUUAAUAUUUUUACCUUUAUUGUAGUGUUUCUGUUACAUGUAGUAUGUGUGUAGUGAUUAGUUGAUUUAGAGGGCUAAAUUACUCUGUAUAGCUUGCUAAAUUCAAAAGUUUGUAUGAACUGAAAUCUUCUCCUUUGAUUUAAAUCCAGGGAUAUAUUGUAUGAUAAAUAUCUAUCACUCUGACAAAGGGCUAACACUUGAAAUGUCAGGUUUUUUGCUCUUUACGAUGGCCAAUUUAUGUUUUCAACUCAGUUGUUAACACUAAAUUACCAAAUAUCUUACUUGUUUCAUUUUCUCAGUCCGUACUGUAAGUUGUGGGAUUAGGGUUUUUCCUUGUAGAUGCACUAGCAGACUACACUAUGUGUUUGUGGUUAAUAGUUGUUGUCAUGAGGUGAACAAAAUCUAAGAGGGUAGUGAAUAAAGCUCUGAAAAUGGCUUAUCUAAAUUAUGUCUGUGUCAUGCAGGCUGUUUCAACAAUACAAUGCAGCAACUUUCUAUAGCAACCCACCACAGUUCAAAAACUAAACCAAGCACUGAUUGGUAAAUUUGAAACGGUCUGCAUACUUGGAAUUCCUUUGAUGGCUGAGUUUGGCAUCAAUCGUAUUUAGAAAGCUAUAUUCUUCAUUUCAGCAUCAAUUUUCUCGGAAAAUGUGGAGCAAUGAAGCUCAAAUUUGGAAAAGAGAUAGAACAACAUCUCAUCCAUCAACAAGCCAGUUAGGAGAGAUUUUCAGUAGUUUGGCAUUAAUUCCAAUUUGAAGUGGAGGAGGUCGCAGCUGGCAGCCAAAAGUGGCUAGCCUUGUCUCCUUUCCUUUCUUAACUGCCUCCAGCCAAAAGUAAUUUAUAGAAAGAAGCUUCAAACGGCCCAUGAAGGCAACAAAAAACCAUAAAUGAGUUGAUUAACAUUUUAUUUAACUUUAUUAAGAUAUUCAGACAGAGGUUUAAUUUAAAUAUGCAAUUUUCAGAGCUUUGCUCAACAAUUGUUAACCUCAAACACAUAGUGGGGUCUGCCUGUAGUAGACGUAUGGCUCAUGUGCUUUGUGCCAGGGCUAUAAAUCCGAGUGGAUAAAGCUUGGUCUAUAACUUACGACAUGAACCUCAAACUCAGGGAAUAAGAGGUUGUAUUUUCUUUCAAAUUGACAGAAUUUGGAGGAGAAGUGCAGCACAGUGGAAGGUCUUUUGUCUUUGUCUGAUGAGAAAGUAAAAGCAAUGCUGGAGAAUUAUGCUGAAGGACAAGAAGAAAGUAGAAGGUUAAUUGCAGCUCUAAAACAUCUUCAGGCAUAUACAGGUAACAGUCAUAUAUGUACUUCAAUCCAAGCAGUUGAAGAAAUGCUGAAUUUUGCUAAAUUCCAUUCAAGAAAACUGAAGUUCCAGUUUGACUUCUUGAGAUUUUUGCCACCCUCAUAGAGCAAAUCUCAGAACCUAGAAAUCAAAGUUAACCCUUUAACUCUCAGAAGUUAUUAACAUGAAACUUCUCCUCCAUACUUUAAUCAGCAAACAGGUAAUGUGAAUCUUCAAAGUUGUCAGGCAGAAGCUGCUACCUAGAUCUAGCAUUAGGUUCUCAUAACUAAUUUAAAAGGAGAUGUGUAGCAGCUAGAGGGGAGAAUUAACAAUCAGAUCUUGGGAGUGAAAGGGUUUAGAGGUCAUCAGAUUCCUUGGGAGGAUUGUGUCCAUAUGUUGAUAAUGACCAUUAAGAAACAUUAUUUCAGAACUUUUGUUCUGAUUAAUGAAAAGAAAUAAUUGAUCAUCAAACUCACCUCUUCCCCUUCCCUUGUUCAAGGGAUGUGUCUAAUUUGUUUGAGGAAAAGCUACAAUUAAUAACACUUUAUUACUUACUGCCAUUUGAGCCAAUUUGCACUGCCAGAAAAUCAAUUGUAAAUGGAACAAAAUAUCUGGAAUUUCGAAAUUUCUGGAUUCAAAGACAAGCUCUGAACAUUAUCCUCAAUUUUCUGAAUUGUCUUGAUUCCUAAUUUUCUUAUCUGUGGGUUUUCUUAUCCCUUAAUUCACAAGAUCUGAUUGUUGAUUCUCCUCUCCAGCUGCAACACGUUUCCAUGUAAAUUAGUUGAGAAUUUGGCAUAAGAUCAAGGUAACAACUGCGACCUGAUACAGUACCACUCAAAAGAAAGUUGAAAGUCUCUUGAAACUUGAUCUUUGAUACUUAAUUCUCAAAAACUUUGAGGAUCAAGAGUCGAGUGAGGUUUGAUCAUUUGAUCAAAUUCCAUUUUUCGUAUCAGGAAAGCUAGAAAGUGGCUUGUUGUGAGCUUGAGUCUUGUUGCAUACAUGCAAGCAGCUUCUGUGUUACAAAGCCACAUGUCGUGUUUUGUCAUAAGAUGUUGUUUUGCAAGCAGGAAUGGAAUCAUGUCCUCGGAACUGCAAUGGAGAUCCUCGAAAAGUUAUUUGAACACGUCAAUCCUUGAUUUUUCUCAAUAGUUUCUCACUAGUUUUGAGGAUCGAGGAUCAAGUUUUGAGUCAUGACUGAGUGGUACUGUAAGUCUGGGUAUCCUCAUUACCUGGUCUAAACAAUCUUCUGCGAGUCAAACAAGCACUUUUCACUCAACUAAUUUAUUCUUGUUUUCUCGUCACCAUAUUCCCACUGAUAGCAUUGCACCAUUUUCUGCAUGUAAACCCACACACAUUACCCACAAUUCCUCCAAUCACUCUAACAAAGGGCUAAUGCUCAAAACAUCAGCUUUUAAACUCUUAACAGUGGCCAAUUCAUGUUAUCAACUCAGUUGAUAAUACUAAAUUACCCUGUUAUAUUUGAACUCAGAGGUUGCUUGCACAUAAUUAUAUCAUGCAGCAGUCCUGUGCUAUAAGGGACCUAAAAUCAUGUAAAAUUUUGUUUUUGUCCCACUUUAGAGCGACAGAAACAGGGUCACAAAGACAGCACUUCAGAUAUAUAUUGGGAUUCCUGGGAUACAGGAAAGACAAGGGAAAAGAGCCUCUCUAUCAGCCCCUCUGAGCGUUCGUCACGUUCCUCUGUCACUUUGGACAGUGAUGUACCCCUGUCAUCACCAAGCUCAGAUGCUGACACUGAAGGUUCCCGACUGUCAACACUAUCUGCAAGUGAUACCGAUAGUACUAUGAGUCCUAAGCACAUCGGUAAUUCACAACCAGCUUAUUUCAAUAUGAUCAAGAGAAGUGUAUCUGAUGAUGCAAAUUUAGGUAAGGAUAAUUAAAAGAAGCAACCUUUUAACUCCCAUGAGUGACCAAGACAGAAUUUCUCCUUACAAUAUCAAUUCAGUAUCAAAACAGACAAGUGAUGAGAACAACUAAGAAUAUAAAUUAGAGAAAUGCAAGUUGAUCCAAUACCAAAUUCUCAAAUGUUACAUCAUAAGAAUUAAAUGGCGGUCAGUAAGGAGAAUUGCUGAUGAGAUCAUGGUUGGGAAAGGGUGAAUAUGGUACAUGUGUGUGUGAUGGUGAUGAAAUUUUGGGUCCUAAUGGCUGGUUUUCAAAAGUGCCUGAGUUGGGAAUCCAAGUUGGAGUCAUACGAUCCCUUCACCCUUUAACUCCCAAGAUCUCAUUAGUAAUUCUCCUUACUGUCUGCAAAACAGUUCUUGUGAUAUUAGUUUUGAGAAUUUGGUAUUGGAUCAACUAUUAAUCCUCUAACUGAUAUUUUUCUUUAUUCUCAUCACUUGCCUGCUUGAUAUUGUAUUGAUAUUGUAAGAAGAAAUUCCGUCUUGGUCACUAAUUAUUUAGUUAUAAACUUCUUGGCAGUCUGGUUUUCAUAAUUAACCCUUUUUGACCCCCAGAGUGACCAAUGUCUAAGUUCUCCUUACAACAUCACCCCUAAAUCAAACAUUACGGUCGCAAGAAUAAAGGAAAUGACCACCUUCCAGAUAAGCCCAUGAUUGUUAAACAAAUUCUCCUUGUCAGCACCUUAGGAAAGGUACAGAGAAAAGUAUGGAGAAUAUGCAUACUGAUGUUGAGGUGUAAAGGGUUAACCAUCUACAAAUUUUGAAGAUGAAUGGCUAGUUACAAUAAUCAGAGAAAGUUAAACUAGGGAAGAACUAGGCUUUUACCUUGAUAUUAAGCUGGCUUAUUAUUCAUAUCCUUCAAUAACCUUUGUUACUGUCAGUUCUUCGGAGAGCUUUAGCUAACUUGACCUGAAAUCCACCAAGCAUAAAAAAGCAAUCCCUGGUUUUAUUUCAGUUUAGGGGGAUUCCCAUUUGUUUAAAAUGCUUGUCAGGACCUUAAAAAAAAGUGGAGAGAGUGCACAAUGCAUAAUCACAUGUAUCACUGUCUAGAAUAAUUUUUACUUAGGAACUUGUCAUUUUUUGUCUUCAGAAGGGGGAGGGGGCAGAGUGAGGGGGGGGGGUCCAAGACGAUUUUGGUUGUAUGAGGAUAAAAUUUACUUGAUCCCUCCACAAGGCUCUGUAGUUUCCUAAUGAUUCCCUCAUUGGCAAUCAAUUUUUAAUAGCCUUUCACUUUGCUAGAGACAAGUUAUCCCCACCACUGUUUCUUCUAGUCUCUAAUACAUGAUAGACUCUUAGGACUGAAAUAAUACUUCCCUCUUAAUGGUAAUUUUAUUUAAUUUUAUUUCACAGGGAACAGAAUAUUUGUGAACAAUAAUGAGAAUCCAUAUUUGAAUUAUGGUAAAAAACGAGGAGGAAAGCUGGAACCUGUCACUCCUCUCACAAUUAAUAUUCCUAAAAGUAGAAGUGGAGACAUCUCACUACAUUCCCAGUCUGAUUCUGAGUCGGAUCAUAAUCUAAGUAAGUUCAUCAGCAUAGGUAAUUAUCGUGGUAUUUAAAUGUAGUUGUACUCACCAGUGGAGAGGUUUUGUUUGAAUGCUUGUUUGAUUAUCAAUAGCAAAGCCUCUACACUAUGUCAAAGUCUUAUUGAGCAUAAGACUUGGGCAAACAAAUUCAAUCUCGGGCUCUUACACUGAAACUAUAUUUCUUAGGCAUAUACAUUGAAAGUUCCUAAUUUUAACUGUUGAUUUUGAGAUAGCAAACUGCUGCUUUAGUUAAGUUCCUUUAAACUUACUGUUACUCUUCUUAAGAUAUUUUACUCCUUGUUUCCUUUGUAGUUGCUUUUAAAACUUUCCAACAGUGAAAAUUUGUGCUACAAAUGAAUGUACAUCUUAGUAACUUCAUUUUCUCUCACUUUCUGAGGAUAUGUACCCUUCCACCCUCCCCUUCCCUAAUAGAAAAACAAAUUGUAAGAGUCUUAGGAAAUGCAUAAAGAAUAGUAUGGAAAAUAUGCAUUCUUAUGUUAGGGUGUAAAGUCUUCAUGCACCAAACAUACAGUCUUGUACUACAUGUAACUGUGUAACCUGUUAACCAAUCUAUGGCCAUUAACAAGGUGCCUUCAUGUUGAUGUUGUACAGUGUUAGUUAAUCUUUGAUAUUCAUCAUCCACCAGGUUCCCAUGCAAUAAAUAAUUCUCCAUCAAGGAUUACUCACUAUGGGAUGGGACAUACAAUCAGUCACAGGUAAACAAAAUAUCUAUUAUCCUUUUGAACCCAAAGAGAGACUAGCAUCUAACUUUUCCUUACAAUAUCAGCCCUGAAUCAAAGAUUAGGGUCAAGAGAUUAAAAGAAAAUGAUUACCAUCUAAAACAACUCUUGAUUAUGAAACAAAUUCUCCUUGUCAGCACCUUAGGAAAUGUAUAGAAAAUAGUAUGAAGAAUAUGCAUACUGAUGUUAGAAUGUUGAGGAUUAACCAGAUACAUAUUUGUAUGCACUCAGGCAGCCAUGAUGGUAAAAUCCAGACAUAUUCUUCAUACAAUUCUGAAAGGUGCAGGAAGUAUUUCACUUCAAAAUUUUGUACCCAGUUGAAAGGCAUCUGGAAAGCAUUUGACAAGGAAAUGAAAAAUGCUAUGCCUCUUUUACAAGGUUUUUGCAUGCUUUUCAAUUAGUCCUUAAAAGCAGAAUAUGCAAAGAGUACAUUUAAGCAAGCACUGAGAGCUGUAAACCAACAAUACUCAACAGCUUAAAGUCAUGUCUCCUACUGAGUGCCUAAGGUAUGAGUCCUUCAAUUAACCUUUUGACUCUUAAAAGAGUGACUCCCUACAAUAUCAGCCCUGAAUCACGCAUUAAGGUUAAAAGAAUAAAAUUAAUGAUUGCCAACCAAGGAAGCUCUGGAUUGUUAAACAAAUUCUCCUUGUCAGCACCUUUGUAAAUGUAGAUAGAGCAAUAGGGAGAACAUGCAUACUGAUAUCAGGGUGUGAUACAACUGAUACAUGUAUUUUCACCAAUGUUCUCAGUGUGACAGAUUAUACCAUAUUUUCUUCCUUUCUAAUCAGGUUUUCACAAAAGGCAUUUAUGGUUAGUCUGGCUUGUGAUCACUGCCAUAAACUUCUUUUGGUUGGUGUAAAAUGCAAAUACUGCAAGUGAGUAUGAAAAAUGUUUUUUCUUUUUGUUUUCUUUUUCAGGUAAUUUAUUUAUUUGUUUAUUUAUCAUUUUCCAUUCAAGUAAUUGUGUGUAUAAUUAUUAUCCCAGUCAAAAGUAAAAUGUGAAAUAGUUCACUUUGUUAAGCUGUUACUUCUUUCUCACUUUGAAGGCUCAAAUUUCACAAGAAAUGUGCAAAAAAGGCCACUGCUUCCUGUGGGCUCCCUAAAGGGUGUAGUGACUUUUUCACUGCUCAAGUGCGACGAGGUGAGUUCUCCUUGUCAGGCCACGACCUAUAUGUUGUUUUCUAUUCAUGGCAAGAAAUAUUAAGAAAACAAGAUGUGCUGUAAGUAAGUUGGGUGCUGAAUGUCUUUUCGAAGCCGCUUGGUACAUUGUUGAAUAUGGAAUGUAAAAUUUCGUAGCGCGGUUAAGGUGAUUCCUCAAAAAAAGAAGUUGUCGAACAAUUUUUUAAAACUUUUCUUACAUGUUUCCUACCACUGACUGUUUCGAAAAAUACAAUAAGAAAAGACAGGUCUCCGUGCUAGUUUAAGAGAUAUGACAGGACAAACUUACCCCGUUAUGCCUUUACUGGCGUUAAUCAGCGCGUCAUUUAAUGGGUUCCUGGUACAUUUUGCGGUAGCUGGAAGCUCGUAUUUAGGGUAACAAUUACAAAAAACUUGAUAGGCAGCAAUUCUCGAGCGUAUGGAACAAUUUGUUAUACAAUUUGUGGAAAAAUUACGCAGUUUCAAACGACAUCGACUCAAAACGUUCCUUGAGUCGAUGUUUUUAAGGUUAUGAUUUGCAUCAUCGAAUGACGGGCUUCGUGAAUGCUUUUAACCAAUGAUAUCCUUUUUUCCCUUCGAUAAUUUUUUUUUCUUUCUCCAAUUUGAAGGGGAUAAUUUGUACACCAAAAUUAUGCAAUGAAAAACGUAGAUCAACUUGCUCGUUCACGAGCCAAAGACCAUCGUACCUCUUUGCUUGGUCCAUUUAUUGAAACACAACACCGUGUUCUCGGGAUGCGCGCGCGCUCAUUCCCCAGAUUACUUGAUUUUUAUGUGCAGUACAGGAUGCGCAGUGCAAUACUGAGAAACCACCUUAAGUAAAUUAUGAGACCGGAAUAUACAGUUUGUUUCAUUGCAGAGGAUCGGGACUGUUCAUGUAUUUAGACGGUGAAGUUUUUCACCAAAAACAAAACACAUUUCUUGGUCUGUUCUUAGCCCUUUCCUAAUUUAGAAUGGUAUUGGUCAAAUAGAAAUCUAACAAAAUUGAUAUUAUUUUUUUGGUGCAAACAGCUUUAAAUUACCGUUCUUUACCCAUGACGCGGUCUCAUGUGAAGAGAACAAACUCUGAACCAUCGAGCAUCGCCCUUCAAGUAGAUCUACCCGAGCAGAGAUUCAACCAGAAUCGUAGCCAUGGUGAUCUGCAUACAGUAGACCCGAAAUCUUGGACACCUGUUCCAAACGAAACACCAAAAGGAGUUGACUCCUGUUCCACGUCAUCAUCAACCUCAUCACCACCUUCUUCGCCUCUUCCGGCGGCAUCAGCUAAUGUUAGUCUGUCUGCACAAGAAGAACUUGACCAGUUUCCAGAGUCACACUUCUCUUUCACUGGUAAAUAAAACAAUUCUAUUCACUGGUAUCAAAAGCAUCCAGGAAUAUUGCAGCUCUGCUUUGAUGCGAUGACAACCCACUGCAGGUUGCUGCCCACUCAGUACUUUAUUGUCUAAACUCUUGAGUGGAGAGAGGCACUGUAAGCUUAAAGAAAGCAGUGCAAUUUCCUAGCCAGGGUGUUCGAGAUUGCACGUGUAUUAAACUGAAGACUGAGGAAAAGUCUUUUUGUAAACAGGAUACUUGGUUGAAAUUGUUUCUAAAUUUAUAUAAUUCUUGUGAAUUUGUGUUCCCUUACCCCAGAGAAGUGCCUUAAUGUAGAGAAUGAACAAAGCUUUUUCUCAAGCAUUGGGUUGCUAUCAAGACUAGUCUGAAAUUGUUUGCUGUGUAAUGGUUAAUGACACUGUAUGGUGUAUAUUGCAGCUGCAUUGUCUGAGACCUAAAAACUUUUUCGUUUUGAAAUCCAUAAAAUUGUCUUUAGUUUGAGUUUUCUCUUAAUAACUUACUCAUGUGAUAGUGUGCAACACCUUAUUUGCCCUUCGUUUAGUCAGAUUAUGGUAAACUUUUGCUACAACGUAGUGGCAACAUUGAUUUUUUUUCUUAAUUUUUAGAUGUUUCAAGAAUGACAGCUUCCUUGCACAGGUACUGCGCAUUUAGUGUUACAUUGUUGUGGGGUUCGUUUGUUUGAUUCAUUGUUUUUUUUUUAAUUCCCUCAAUAAUUGAAUUUUCCAAGUAAGAAAAAAUUGAUUUGCACUAUUUCAGUAACGAGAUGAUUGAGUCAACCAGCACCUUGGUUAGGACUGAAAGUGUUAAGUCACGGCAGAGCAACAACACCACAACUAGUAAUGACUCGGUAAGUUAUUUAUCACAAUACUCUAACAAGAAGGUAUUUAGAAGCCUGUCUUGAGUUACUUGUAAUGGGCCGUAUGACAGUUUAUAUGCCGUUUUACGUUUACAUGUACACUUCUACACUGUAUAUUCAACCUAAUUAUGAUAUCCAGAGUGUACGGUACCGCUUCAGUAGUUCUUCGGAUGAACAGUUCUUGAACUUCCUGGUCGUCAUCUGAUCACUGAAUUAACUAGGAGGGACUUCACUUUCAUCAACUUUGUUGAUAUGCAAUGAAAGUGUUUGCAAAUGAGGUUUUCGCUUUUUGUUUUGGUUUUGUUUUUUUUUUGGCAAAGAGAAUUUCCCGACGAAAGCGCCUCAAAACUUGUGUCAGAGAUUCAAACGCCGUGGUUGCAGUAGAAUUUAGGCGGCUAUUUUGUGGCCACAUGCUGAAAGGUUUCUUUUCUUAUUCUCUGACAGAGGUCUUCACGUAGGAAAAUUUUUUGUCCCCUGAAUGAAUGUCCUCCUUUUUUUUUAAUGCACGUUAACAUAUACAUUUUACGACGUAUAUUGUAUAUUUCGAGCUGCUUAAUAAAGGCAAUGCUUCAUAGAAGAAGGAAGACGGUAAAUUUUGAGCUCGGUUGUCAGACAAAGAAAGAUUGUGCUACAUAUUGUUUUUUUUUCUGUUUUUUUGUUAUAAACAAACCAAAACGAUGCUGUGUGUUACUUUUUAACAGACUUUGUCUGGAGAGGAUGUCCCGGGCAUUGACUCGUUGGACAGUCAGAUCUCUGAUGUGGACCCUGAGAGCAAGACUUGGAAUCGUAGCCGAGUGGUAAUGUUAAUUUGAAUUUCUCAUAAAAGUUUCGACAUGUGUGAAAAUUAUUCUGUGACUCUCAAAAACUGGUAUAUCUGAUACGAUGAAAUAAUCUUACAUCUGAAGUAUUAAUAAAACGUUCACUAUAAUGCAUUUGUAAGCCGUCAUAAGCGUUGUGAAGGAUUGUUUGGAAGUGCUUUGCCAUUCCUUCCCAAAAGUACGGCCUGUGCAACAUUAUUAACAGCAUUAAUGCAUGUACCUAAAUUGCAUUUGUUUCUCAUUUUCUUAAUCGCUUUCAUGUAACAAUCUAAAUUCACAUCUCAAUCGAUCAGUCUAAACAUAACUUAAUUGUCAGUCAUAUCUUUCUUGCGCUGUUUAGGUUUAAAAUUUGCGAUUGUGUUGUUGAGGGUGUUUUCAAAAAAUGCCGUUGUUGGUGACAGGGAACGAUAUUUCAACAGCUUGAAAGAAUCGUAACAGGUGCAACUGUUACGAUCGUCAUCAGGGUCAAAAUAGAUCAUAAUACUGUACGAUCAACUGUUUCUCCUGGGUUCAAAUUAACAAAUAUAUCCCAUGUUGCCGAGCGUCUGUUCAGUAAUAGAUCACAGAUGACGUUAAAAUGUGGUAAGAACAAACCAGUGGUACACAAGGCACGGCUGAGUGUGUCACUGAUGUUCUUACCACAUUUAGACGUCUUAAAUGACAAACUCUACAGACUCAGCAAUAUGAAACAUAUUGCUUUUAUAUGUUUAAAAGUAAAAAUUUUCUUAAUGGUGACGUCAACUAUGCGUUUUUCCUCCAAUACAUCAUCAGUAAGAACCAAUCAAACUACGUGUACAAUUUAGAAAAUGUACGACAUUUUUCAAAAAAAAUGUUUCUGGUUUAUACAAAAUACUAAGUUGAAUUUCAAGUGUAUAACAAAAUACUCAUGUGACAAAACAAACAAUAGAAACAAAACAAUGUAUGCAAUUACAAGGAAAGUUUUAAAUUAACACGAUGAAGUUGAUGAUUAAGUGUAGGUUACUCCCAUUGAAAGUGAAUAGUUUUUUUGAUUUUAAGUUAGAGAGUUGUGGAAGGGAGAUUUAAGAUGCAGAAACACUCAUCAAAACAUAGAGUGCGACAUUGUGGAGAAUUUUGUAAAUGUCUGAAAAUGUGAGAGGUCCUAUCACUGACCAAGCGCUCACGUUUUUAAAAAAUGUAAAUGUUCUUAAAUUCGAGACAUCUUUGCUGCUAUCUAGACCUUUUGGCGUGUAAAAUUCAUAUAACCAUAAUUACAAUAUAUAGUGUAUACACAUGAAAAGAUAACAUUCGUCUUCAUAAUGAGCCAUUAAUUGCAUGGUCACCCUCUUCUGAUUGAAUAACUCUAGCGAUACUGACAUUCAACAUCAGCUGACAUGAGUUAAUCUUUGCAUGUACGUGCAUCACUGAAGCUGUUAAAAGAAUGAAGCUAAAUGUAAGGUCUUGCAUGUUUCACUGACUGAUAAUUUAUAUGCGUUUUUAACGAAAGGUUAAUAAAAAGGACAUGCUCCUGGACUUACAUGUGAGUAAAUGAUUCUUGAGUAAUUGAAAUUCAUAAAAAUCUGACUUCUCCUUUUUUUUCAAACUCAGAAAGUAAAUAAAUCAAACAAAAAGUACUUUUAAUUAUUGUUAAUAUUGAUAUUAUUAUUGUUAUUUUUAUUAUCAUUAUUAUUUUAAGUUUAAAUUAUUUCUAGAGGGUAAGAUUAGAAACAGAUUGACUUAAAAUCCACUCUGAUGUGGUGGAAAGAGAGUGGUUGAAUUAAACAUCUGUAGGGACAGGUUGUUCAAAGCUAGGUUAAGAUAAUCCAAGAUUAGUGUAAAAUCUGAUUUCAGAUCUGAAAGCUUUAAAAGAAAAUUCAGUCGAAUUUUUUGUCUAGAAUAUGAUUAUUUGAUGCUCUAAAAAGAACACGGGAAACUAUCCCAAAAAGGCAUUUGAAUAAAGGAAUAAAGGAACCCAGAUUAAAAUUUAACUUUGGGUUUGCACUAAUCAACCUUCUAACAACUGGGCCCUGAGAUCCAAACUUUGCUGCAGUUAAAAUUAAGCUGGAAUUGUUUCUAUACUUAAGAAGUUUUGAAAAUUUUCAAAGUUUUCAGAUUAUGUCAGCUUAAACCCCAUCCCCCCCCUCCCCCAACUCUGUCAGCAGUUCUCCUUACAAUGUACUACUGAUUUCCUUGGAAAUAAGUCAAGAUGAAGAAAAACACCCGAAGCUGAAACAUUUAUAUAUUGUCAUCACCUCAAUAUGGGUAAUGUGGGAAUAUUGUAAGAAAAAGUUCCGUACACCUAUAGGAGGGAAAGGCUCCAACAGAUAUGGGCCCCUAGUAUCGUUUCCGACUUUGAAAACGGAGUGUUAUGUUGGUUUCGAAUCGGUUCCGAGUAGUUUCCGAGAGAUCACGAGGAAUUUAUUGUGCGAACUGGCCUAUCCACAAGGUCUGAGAUGACUCAAUGAAUGAUAAAAGCAUUCAACUUGGAUUGUUUUCAUUGCAGCAACGAGGUAGCCUAAUGUCAGAGUGGGUGAUACCGUUUGAAGAAUUGAAUAUCACCGGGAGUCCACUGGGCAGUGGUAGAUUUGGUAAAGUUUACAGGUUAGUCGGAGAUCCUUGGCUAAGAUUAUAAAAUAGGGAGUUGAAAAAAACAACGACGGCGACGGCAACGGGAACGUCACUAAACAAAAGGUUUAAUGAGGAGAACAAUGGCUCCGCACGUGAAUUAUAAAUCUUUGAACAUUUCUUUGCAUUCCCUGCAAAACAACGUGAAAUGACCAAACUUUGCGUAGUCUGGAGAACGUGAACGGCAACGACUAAUUUUGUAAAUUUCUAUUUUCUAAUUUAACGCUGUGUUCCAUACUCGGUUUCGAAAUAGUUUUGACAGUAGGUAACAAACUAAAUUACUUUAGAGUAUCGCGAGAUUCGUAAGUUAAAUAUAAGUUCAUUUCGUAACUGACGUUGUCCACCGCGUCGCAGUCGUCGUUUCUUAAACUCCCUAAAAACUGAGACCCUACAAGAGCCUUAGUUGGUCAAAAAUCUAUCGUUUAUUGCACCUGUAAACCCAAAUAAAAUUGAACUUUAUGUUAUCAAAGAAAUAGACCGCGCUUUCUAUUGGUUAUUUCUAAUAAACUACUUGAGAUCUCAAUUUGGAGAAGACUCGAAAAGUCAAACAUCUCACGUGGGUUAUGACGCCGGUAAACCGUUAGAAGGUGCGGUCUAUUACUUAAAUAAACUUGUCUUUGGUCGUCCGGUUAAUAGAAAUCAUGGAAAGGACUCUGUCAGUUGCAUCAACAAACACGUCGACAACCUGAGUGGUAGUCACCAUCGUGGAAAAGGAUUAGUUAAUUUGGCCUUGAAAUUACCAGCUGUAAGACUCAAAAAGUGUGAGUUAGUUUAGAUCCCUCAGUUAAGUUAGGUUGUUUUCUUCGAUUUGUUGGUUGUGUUAAUGUCGUUUGUACGACGCCAGUAGUUUGUUGACUUUUGUUAAGAGUAGACUGUUCAAAGUUAGAGAAGCAGCCUUCUAGCGAACGUCAGUUGUGUAAAGUAGUUCGUAGUUUCGGUCAAAUACUGAGAAUAAUCCCUGUCGGUAGUCCCACGCUAUUGCUGGACAUUUUCACAGUCUUGCAGUCAAUAAGAUCAAUUUUCACAAACCUGACUUAGUAGUGAAAAUAAGGCCUGAAAAAAUUCAGACUCGUGCGGGAUUUGAACCUAUGACUUCUGCGAUACCGGUGGAGCGCUCUACCAACUGUGCUAACAAGCCAACUGGGAGGUGGUCAUUAUGUUGGUUCUAAAUAAACCCUCCAAGUGGUGAAUAAACGACUGUGAAUAUAUGAAAAUCAUAUAUAUGGGAACUGCGGUUGAAGAAACGAAUGAAAGCGAUCCUCGUAGUUAUGAAUUCUAGUUGAGUAGUGGUGAAAAUAAGGCCUGAAAAAGUUGUUCACAGUCAUCGAUGACAGUCCUUUUCAAGACUUCUCUUACUCGAACGGUUAGACCGUAUGAUCAAUAUUUUCCAAAAUCCCACAACAGUAGUGUGAUUUUCACUACCUUUGUUUUACUUCAGGGGUCACUGGCACGGUGAAGUGGCUGUGAAGAUGAUCGAGAUUGAGAAUCCCACAGAGGAGCAGCUCAAUGCCUUUAAGUUUCAAGUUGGAACUUUUAGAAAGACUCGUCAUGAGAAUGUGGUGUUGUUCAUGGGCGCAUGCAUGGAUCCUCCGAAACUUGCUAUCAUAACCAGGUAGGCAGAGAGUGACAUUUUCAAUUGCAACUAGCUAUAAUUUCCCUUGUAAAAGUUUGCUACGGAAGGUUACUCAGUGCUAUCUGCAGUACUCUACCGACACAUUGUUCACCAGUGGACAGAGAGGCGGAAAGAGGAAGCUUUUAUCGUGACUUGAUCUCUUUGAUACAGUUCUUCUGUUUCUUUUGAUGGAUUUAAACUGUUUUGACUGCGUAAGAAUGAAUUAGGCUACACAACCGCCGAGUUACAGCGGAGCUAGAGGCUGUGUAUUACAGCGAUUGUUCCUCUCGAUUAUUUUUAUUUUUUUAGUUGGCUUUUUUGUUUUGUUUUGUUUUUCAUUCUGUUAUUAAACGUUGCGUCUCGUUAUCUGAUUGCAGCAUGUGUCGUGGGUUUUCCCUAUACACACAUAUACACGUUCGAAAGGACAGCUUUCCUCUGGAUAAAAUUUUACAGAUUUGUACUCAGAUUUCUCAGGUAAGGAAAUACGCAGAAAGAUUGAAUAAGACACUGAAUCCUUGUGUGACGUGCUGUCUGUUAAUCUUAAGUUAUGAUUGGAUGAGGUUGAUAAUAAUAUCAUAGGAAAACUGAAUUCAAUAAUUGUUUUAUUAGACAUCUUUUAAACAAUCUGCGAAAGAAGACAUGUCUGAGUUUGCAAUAGUUUGAUAACUCGUACAUGGACAAGGGGCUUAAAAACUAGGCAUACUUUGAAUUUGACACGAUAAAUGCAAUAUUCAUUGCAGAUAUAACUUUUAACGCGUCAACUUCACACGCUAUUGUAUAUUGUACGUCGACUGUAAACGUGGAAAAAAAUUUACAAAUCAGCAAGUAACACAAAGCGCACGAACUUGAAAUGAUUAUCCUCAGAAAUCAUGCAUCGCGGUCAUACAUGACAUGAUUGUCCGUGACCUUGAGUGUCCUUGACAUGAUUAUUGUAUAAUCUGCAGCGAGAUGACGUCCUAGGCGCUGAUUUCGAAAAUUCAUCGUACAUUUUCGGCCAAUCAGAAAAGAGAUAGUGAGUUGAAUGUGUAAUAAUACUACUAAUUAUUUACUAACAGGGUAUGGGUUAUCUUCACGCGCGAGGUAUUGUUCACACUGACCUUCGUUCCAAGAAUGUAUUUCUGGAGUCAUACAAUCGCGUGGUGAUCACAGAUUUCGGGUUGUUUAGCGUGGCUGGGUUGACAACCAAAUCUGUCAGGCCAGGUUUGUUGAUGAUUCCACAAGGAUGGCUUCCAUAUUUAGCUCCCGAAAUCCUUCGUUCGCUUACCACUCAACAAGAUGCGCCGGACUCAUCACAGUUCACCAUGGCAACAGACAUGUACGCCUUCGGGUAAGUUAUUAACUGUUAACAGUGCUUCACAAGCACACUUCGCUGGUGUGUUCCUCUUAUUUCUUUCUUACCUUUUUCCUCUUCUGCCGUUAAUGUAGUUUGUUGACUUUCCGACCAGUAUAUGUGCAAAAGCCAAGCUGGAAACGGGAAAUGUAUGCAUAAUACCUGCAAAGGGUCCGGUCCGGUCAUUAUUUUUUUGCCAGGGCGGGCGGGGAGGGGGGGGGUGCGGCGGCAGUAGGAGGGUUUUGUCUGCCUUCCCCCCCUCAUGAGGCUCUGUAAUAUUCGUACUUAGGCAAGCACUUUUCUGGUACUAUGUUGGCGACUAAAACGCCCUCUAUUCCCCCGAAAACUAUGUGAUCCCUCUAAACUCCUACCCCACCCUCCACUAGGCAGGAAAUAAUGACAAGGAGAAAGUGUAAGGCGCUCAGAGUUCGCCAAGCUGCUGUUUUAUUUUUCAAAUGUGAUCGCCAGGUAUAUGUUCUCACCAUUACAGAAAUGCAAGGCAGGAAACUUGAUGCUGUUCUAGCAUCUGGGUCAGGAAAUAUUUCUAUUCGGUUUCGAAACUGUUAAACGGAACUGAUGUUUGGUUUUUGUUGGUAGGACUGUGUGGUAUGAGAUGUGUUCUCGCUCCUGGCCAUUUGAGAAAAAUAUACCUGAAUCCAUAAUCUGGCAAGUGGGAAAAGGAGUAAAACAGUCGUUAGCAAAUAUAGAUAUUCCGAGGGAAGUUAAGGUAUGCAAAAUUACCACAUUUGCAUGGUGAAUGGCUAAUUCAUAAUGAAAAUAGGACUGAAUGGAAUCUCAUUUGGUCUCCUCUCCGUGUAAUCUUAUGAUUGAUUAACAAACUCGCACGACCGUGAAAGGAGAGUCCGAUUUGUUGAGAAACAAUACUGUAACUGAUCGAUCUACGCGAAAGCGUCAAAGCAACACGCGAUGUACAUAAUACAUAAAUCCCUUGAGCCAAGAUACUUUGAGCCUAAAAAAACUAACGUGAGAGGGAUUGCCUUAAGACUAGAGCCUUUUUGGGGUAUUCAGUCUCCAAGAUUGCUCCUCUCUCGUCUUCACUUCAUGCUCUCUGUUCGUCGUAAAUGCCAUAGUAUAGUGGAAGUGCAGUGAGUACUCUAACUAGCUUGAUGUCACUUCUCUCCAGUACCCCUGCAAACAAAUUAGACAGAUCAAACGGAAGAUGAUUUAAAAACCCUAGUUGUCAAGAAGCAUACAAGAGUUUGGGAAAGUUUAGAUGAGGGGCUACCAUAGAAACAAAUCCUUUUGGUGAGCAAAGUCGGACGUGGGUUUAUUUCGACGCACUCACCGUUCGACUUCGCUACCUCACGUUGAGAUCAUUUUCUUCUUUUUUUAGGAUACUUUAACAGUUUGUUGGGCAUUCGAGCCAGAUAGACGACCAACUUUCGGAAAUUUACUGAGAACUUUAGAAAGACUUCCAAAAAUAAGACAUACGCAACGGCUACACAGAAGUCCAUCUCAGCCGUGCACUGUGGGGAGAGGGGCUGAGAAUCUGAUAUGA